CCCGACGGCAUCAAACCCCGCUCUCCCCCAACCCGAGCAGAACAACGUCUCAGGCUAAGGGUCCGCCGCCGCCACCUCUCUCCCCGGGCGACGCCGCCACCUCCCUCUCCGGCAACCGGCGCCGCCGCCCUCACCUCUCCCCUGGAAUUCGGCGCCUACCAUCUCUCCUUUCUCCCCUGCCGCUACAGGCGCCGCCGCCCUCCUCCGGCCGGUCCGGCCGCCCCUGCUCCCCCAACUUCCUGCUCCCGGCGCUCUCCUCCUCUCGUCUCUGAAGCGAUUCCUAGUCGGCUAGUAGCCGUACUUCUCUAGGGUUCUGCCAAUCUGCCGCCGCCCGAAUCCACUCCGGCAGCCGCCGCCCCAAGCCAAUCCACUCCUUGCGCCGCCCGCCUCGUCUAGCUCCGCCCCGCCUUGUUGGCUCAAUCCAACUAUCAUCGGGUUGCUGGAGCUGCAGCAGGUCAUGUCCAUGCAGCGGGAGCAGGAGUUGCGACGGCGCCAAAUCCGAACCUGCAACGGAUUGGUUGUUUCACUGGAUGAAAGGAAGGCCUCAGCCUGCCAGAAAGAUUGUGUUGCUACUAGAUUGCUUGCUUCACGGGGUAAAAGAAAGGGAUCACCCUGCCAACAAGAGGAUAGUUCGCAGAGUGGUAAACAAAAGGGAUAUCCAGGGCCUGAACUUCCAGAGGAUAUCUGGCUUUGCAUACAUUCCCUGAUGCCAAUGCGAGAUGCUGCCCGAGCCGCUUGCGUGUCUCAUGCCUUUCUAUGUUCUUGGAGAUCCCAUCCAAAGCUCACUUUCAGCCAGAGAACCCUGGGGUUGAAAGGGUGUGUGCGUGAAAAUGUUGAAAUAGCUAGAGAUUACGCCAACAAAGUUGACCAUAUUCUUAAGAAACACUCAGGUGUUGGUGUGAAGAGAUUCCAUCUUUUGGAUGCUCCAAGUCGCAGUGUGGAGGACCAUCAUAAUCUUGACAGUUGGCUUCAGAUGGCUGUUAAACCAGGGAUUGAAGAACUCACCAUUAGUCCUUGUUUUGGAAUCAAUGAGUAUAAGUUCCCAUGCUCAGUUUUAUCAGAUGGGAAUGGAGACUCGAUUCGAUCUCUUUAUUUUGCAAGUUGUGCCUUCCAUCCCACAGUUGGGUUUGGUUGCUUGAGAAGCCUGACGAGAUUAUUCUGAAUAUGGUGCGUAUAACGGGGAAUGAGAUAGGGUGGCUUUUGUCUAAUUCUCUUGCUUUGGAGCGGUUCACACUCAACGGUUGCAGUGACAUAUAUCGCUUGAAGAUACCUUGCAAUCUUCGGAGGUUGAGCUACCUGGAGGUGGUUUAUUGCAGCGAGCUCAAAGUGAUAGAGAGUGAAGCUCCAAACAUCUCCAAUAUGCGAGUUAUAGCUCGCUUCCAUCUACAACUCUUACUUGGAGGAGCAGCGUCGCCAGUGAAGCACCUGUUCAUGUAUUUUCCCGGCAGUGUUCGUUAUACUUGCGCGAAGCUUUCAUCUGACACCCCAAAUCUUGAAACGCUUUACAUAGAGUCAACCAAGGAGAUGGUCAAUAGACCAAUGGUAUCUAGCAGAUUUCUCCAGCUUCAGUAUUUGAAGAUUCAUGUUAUAAUGGACAAUUCUCCGAGAUAUGAUUAUUUUUUUCUGGUUUCUUUAAUUGACGCUUCUCCUUCCUUGACGACAUUGCUCUUGGACGUAUCACAGCAACGCAUGGAGCAUGUCUCCAUUUUCGAAGAUCCCACGGAGUUGAGGCAGAUGCCCGAGCAAAUGCAUGGCAAGCUUCAGAAUGUGCAGUUCAGUGGUUUCUCUUCUGCGAAGAGCUUGAUUGAGCUAACGCGGCAUAUCCUUGGGGUUUCAACGUCACUCAAGAAGCUUGUAUUGAACACCAGACCCGGACGUAAUGUGUAUGUCCGCCCUGACCACAAAAUUGGCAAAUGCUUUGGCAUGGAGAGGAACCAUGUCGUGGAGGCUAUUAGAGCGGCAAUGGCUAUUGACAUCUACAUUAGGCCAAAAGUGCCAUCCACGGUUAACUUGUGUGUCCAGGCGCCUUGCAGUCGAUGCCAUGUUGUUAAGGACCUGGGUGAUCCUGCUACCAGCUUGUCAACGCACUAGAGGAAUGGUCGUUUGCAUUUUCUGCA